ACAGCCACACUGCAUCAAAGUUUAUGGAAAAAUUGACGAAAUUCUGAUUUGAGCGGCGUAAACAUUGAAAAACAUUGGAAAUGGACACGGGAUCGGACAAUAGCGACGACGAGGGCUCUAUUGGCAAUGGGGGCGCCGACAUGGGCAUGGAUUUAACCGGCAUACUCUUCGGCAACAUCGACUCCGAGGGCAGGCUGCUAGACGAUGAUGACGGCGAUAGCGGCCGCGCGGGCACCGGAUUCGAUGCAGAGUUGCGGGAGAAUAUUAGCUCCCUGGGCAAACUGGGUCUGGACUCAAUGCUGCUCGAGGUAAUUGACCGCAAGGAGGCCGAACUCUUGUCCGACGACGAGGAUACUGAGAAAUCAGACACUGGGGAGAGCAGUGGUCUGAGUGCCUUCGAUGCUCUGAAAGCGGGCGUGAAAAGCGAAGAUAACGAGGAUGGAGCGAUCAGAGCUCAGGACGAUGCCAUCGACUAUUCGGACAUCACGGAAUUGUCCGAAGAUUGCCCGCGCACGCCGCCUGAGACGCUGCAGGCAUUGUCCACCUUUGACGAUUUGGAGGACGCUAUUCCCGCCUCCAAAGUGGAGGCCAAGCUAACCAAAGACGACAAGGAGCUGAUGCCACCUCCAAGUGCACCCAUGCGCUCCGGCGCUGGCAGUGGCACUGAUGAGCCCGCCAAACCAGUUGAAGCCACCACCAGUCCCAGUGGCGACGCCAAGACCAAUGAUGCCAAAGAUGCGGAUCGCAAGCUGGACACUCCGCUGGCUGAUAUUCUGCCUUCCAAAUACCAGAAUGUGGAUGUACGAGAGCUUUUUCCGGACUUUCGUCCCCAGAAAGUUUUACGCUUCUCCCGGCUUUUUGGACCUGGAAAGCCAACGAGUCUGCCCCAGAUAUGGCGGCAUGUACGCAAACGCCGCCGGAAACGCAACCAGUCGAGGGAUCAAAAGCUGACCAAUACCGGUGGUUCCGAUUCGCCCAGCGACACUGAGGAACCACGAAAGCGCGGUUUCAGCUUACACUAUGCCUCGGAGCCAACGCCGGCUGAGUGCAUGUCCGACGACGAGGACAAGCUGUUGGGCGAUCUUAAUAGCGAGGAUGUGCGACCGGAGGGACCGGAUAAUGGGGAGAACAGCGACCAGAAGCCCAAGGUGGCCGACUGGCGUUAUGGCCCGGCUCAGAUCUGGUACGACAUGCUGGAUGUGCCCGAUUCUGGUGAAGGAUUCAACUAUGGCUUCAAGACGAAACCGGCAACCUCUUCGGCACAGACGCAGCCGAAGGAUGAGCGGCGAGUCAGCAUUCCGGAGGAAGAGAUGGAACCGUCUAUUGCGGAUGACGCAUUUCUGAUGGUAUCCCAACUGCACUGGGAGGACGACGUGGUCUGGGAUGGCAAUGACAUCAAAGCCAAGGUGAUGCAGAAGCUUAACUCCAAGACAAACGCGGCUGGAUGGCUCCCCUCCAGCGGUUCACGAACAGCCGGUGCCUUCAGCCAGCCGGGAAAGACGGCUCUGCCGGUGGGGAACAGCGGUGGUAGCACCAAACAGGGAUCCGCAGCCUCAAGCAAAAAAGCACAGCAAAAUGCCCAGGCAAAGCCAGCAGAGGCCCCCGACGACACCUGGUAUAGUUUAUUCCCGGUGGAGAACGAGGAGCUCAUCUAUCACAAGUGGGAGGAGGAGGUUAUCUGGGAUGCCCAGCAGAUGACCAAGGUGCCCAAGCCGAAGGUACUAACGCUGGAUCCCAACGAUGAGAACAUUAUUCUGGGCAUACCGGACGACAUCGAUCCCUCGAAGAUCAACAAGAACACGGGUCCGCCACCGAAGAUCAAGAUUCCGCAUCCACACGUCAAGAAGUCCAAGAUCCUGCUGGGCAAGGCGGGAGUAAUCAAUGUUCUGGCAGAGGACGCUCCACCACCGCCGCCAAAGAGUCCGGACCGGGAUCCGUUUAAUAUCUCUAACGAUACGUAUUAUACACCCAAGACGGAGCCCACGCUGCGCCUCAAGGUGGGCGGCGGCAAUCUCAUCCAGCACUCAACGCCAGUGGUGGAGCUACGGGCUCCGUUCGUCCCCACCCACAUGGGUGAAAUGAAGCUGCGAUCUUUCCACCGUCCUCCCCUUAAGAAAUACUCACAUGGGCCACUUGCUCAGGUCUCGCACCAUGCCGUCUUUCCGCUGCUGAAGCACAUCGUGAAGAAGGCCAAGCAGCGCGAGGUGGAGCGUAUCGCUUCCGGCGGCGGUGACGUUUUCUUUAUGCGAAAUCCCGAGGAUCUCAGUGGCAAAGACGGGGACAUCGUGCUCACCGAGUUCUGCGAGGAGCAUCCGCCGCUGAUGAACCAGGUGGGCAUGUGCUCCAAGAUCAAGAACUACUACAAGCGCAAGGCCGAGAAGGACAGUGGGCCGCAGGACUAUGUUUAUGGCGAGGUGGCCUUUGCCCACACCAGCCCCUUCCUGGGCAUUCUUCAUCCGGGCCAGUGCAUCCAGGCGAUUGAGAACAAUAUGUAUCGAGCGCCCAUCUAUCCGCACAAGAUGUCGCACAACGACUUCCUCGUGAUUCGUACCAGGAACAACUACUGGAUCCGGGCGGUCAAUGCCAUCUUCACGGUCGGCCAGGAAUGUCCACUGUACGAGGUGCCGGGUCCAAAUUCCAAACGGGCCAACAACUUUACACGCGAUUUUCUACAGGUAUUUAUCUACCGCCUGUUCUGGAAGAGUCGCGACAAUCCGCGACGCAUACGAAUGGACGACAUCAAGAAGGCCUUCCCCGCUCACUCGGAAAGCAGCAUUCGCAAGCGGCUGAAGCAGUGCGCCGACUUUAAGCGCACCGGCAUGGACUCCAAUUGGUGGGUGAUAAAGCCCGAAUUCCGGCUUCCUUCGGAGGAGGAGAUUCGGGCGAUGGUCUCACCGGAGCAAUGUUGCGCCUACUUUAGCAUGAUUGCGGCCGAACAGCGAUUAAAGGAUGCCGGCUACGGCGAGAAGUUUCUGUUUGCCCCCCAAGAGGAUGACGACGAGGAGGCACAGCUAAAGCUUGACGACGAAGUAAAGGUUGCUCCUUGGAACACCACCCGUGCCUAUAUCCAAGCCAUGCGGGGCAAGUGCUUGCUGCAGUUGAGUGGGCCCGCAGAUCCCACGGGCUGCGGUGAAGGAUUCUCCUACGUUCGAGUGCCCAACAAGCCCACGCAAACCAAGGAGGAGCAGGAGUCGCAACCGAAACGUUCGGUGACUGGAACAGAUGCCGAUCUGCGACGAUUGCCGCUGCAGCGGGCCAAAGAGCUGUUGCGAAAGUUCAAGGUGCCGGAGGAGGAGAUCAAGAAGCUGUCGCGUUGGGAGGUCAUCGAUGUGGUGCGCACCCUGUCCACGGAGAAGGCAAAGGCUGGCGAGGAGGGGAUGGACAAGUUCUCUCGCGGCAACCGCUUCUCCAUUGCGGAGCACCAGGAGCGCUACAAGGAGGAGUGCCAGCGCAUCUUCGAUCUGCAAAACCGAGUGUUAGCCAGCUCGGAGGUGCUGUCCACCGACGAGGCGGAGUCCUCGGCCUCUGAGGAAUCAGACCUCGAGGAGCUCGGCAAGAACCUGGAAAACAUGCUCUCGAACAAGAAGACAUCGACCCAACUGUCACUGGAGCGCGAAGAGCAGGAGCGCCAGGAGCUGCUACGGCAGCUGGACGAAGAGCACGGUGACGGGGCAGGUCAGGGGGGCUCCAAGGGCGCAAAAGCCAAGGAUGACCCAUCUCAGCAACCACUGGCCACCAACAAUCAGGGUCGAAUCCUGCGCAUCACGCGCACCUUUAAGGGUAACGAUGGCAAGGAAUACACCCGCGUGGAGACGGUGCGCCGUCAGCAGGUGAUCGAUGCCUACAUCAAGAUCCGCACCACCAAGGACGAGCAGUUCAUUAAGCAGUUUGCCACGCUGGACGAGCAGCAGAAGGAGGAGAUGAAACGCGAGAAGCGGCGCAUCCAGGAGCAGCUGCGCCGCAUUAAGCGAAACCAAGAGCGCGAGCGACUAGCACAGCUGGCCCAGAAUCAGAAGCUGCAGCCGGGUGGCAUGCCCACUUCGUUGGGCGACCCCAAGAGCUCUGGUGGACACUCGCACAAGGAACGGGACAGUGGUUACAAGGAGGUCAGUCCCUCGCGCAAGAAGUUCAAGCUGAAGCCGGACCUGAAGCUCAAGUGCGGUGCCUGCGGCCAGGUGGGUCACAUGCGCACCAACAAGGCCUGUCCGCUGUACACGGGCAUGCAGAGCAGCCUGUCCCAGUCGAAUCCCUCGCUGGUCGACGACCUGGACGAUCAGAGCGAGAAAGAGAUGGGAAUGGACGACGACGAUCUGGUGAAUGUGGAUGGAACCAAGGUGACUCUAAGUAGCAAAGUGCUCAAGAGGCAUGGAGGCGAUGACAGCAGGCGUCGCAUGGGCUCCAGCUCGGGUCUAACCCUGAAGGUUCCCCGGGAUGCGAUGGGUAAGAAGAAACGCCGAGUGGGUGGCGACCCCCACUGUGAUUAUCUGCAGAGGCACAACAAGACCGCCAAUCGGAGGCGCACCGAUCCAGUGGUGGUGCUCUCGUCCAUCCUGGAGCUCAUCCUCAACGAACUCCGCUCCAUGCCAGAUGUAUCGCCGUUCCUCUUUCCGGUCAGUGCCAAACGAGUGCCCGACUAUUAUCGCGUCGUGACCAAGCCCAUGGAUCUGCAAACCAUGCGGGAGUAUAUUCGGCAGCGGCGAUACACGAGUCGAGAGAUGUUCCUGGAAGACCUGAAACAGAUUGUGGACAACUCGCUGAUCUACAAUGGAUCGCAGAGCGCCUACACAGUGGCCGCCCAGCGCAUGUUCUCCAGUUGCUUCGAGCUGCUCGCCGAGCGAGAGGACAAGUUGAUGCGUCUGGAGAAGGCCAUUAAUCCACUGCUGGAUGACGACGACCAGGUGGCGCUCUCCUUCAUUUUCGACAAGCUGCACACGCAGAUCAAGCAGCUAACCGAAAGCUGGCCCUUCCUCAAGCCGGUCAACAAGAAGCAGGUCAAGGACUAUUACAUUGUCAUCAAGCGUCCGAUGGACCUGGAGACGAUCGGAAAGAACAUCGAAGCCCAUCACUACCACAGUCGAGCCGAGUACCUGGCCGACAUAGAGUUGAUUGCCAGCAACUGCGAGCAGUACAACGGCAGCGAUUCCCGAUACACGAAGUUCGCCAAGAAGAUGCUGGAGUACGGACAAUCGCAGUUGGAAGAGUUUGCGGAGCACUGCGCCCAGCUGGAGGAAAACAUAGCCAAGACCCAGGAGCGGGCCAGGGAGAACGCACCCGAAUUCGAUGAGGCUUGGGGCAACGAUGACUACGACUUUGGACGUGGCAGUCGAGGUAGCUCCCCAGGCGACGAUUAUAUCGACGUUGAGGGUCACACCGCCAUGCCACCUAACUCCAUUCACCGCGGAAUGGGGGCGGAAAUUGGUAUGUCACAUCCGGCGCCGUUAUCGCGAAAGACUCAGCAGGCCCCAGGUCCGGGUGAGGUGAAGCGCGGCAGAGGUAGACCCCGCAAGCAGCGGGAUCCCGUUGAGGAGGUCAAAGCCCAGAAUCCGGUUAAGCGUGGUCGGGGUCGUCCGAGGAAGGACAGCCUUGCCUCAAACAUGAGUCACACGCAAGCUUACUUCCUGGAUGAAGUUCCUGGUAAUGCACAAAUCAACCUGCAAUGCUCGACGGACGACGAAGACGAUGACGAGGAAGAGGACUUCCAGGAGGUAUCCGAAGACGAGAACAAUGCGGCCAGCAUUUUGGAUCAGGGCGAACGCAUUCAUGCCCACGGCGACGACUAUAUUGAUCCGAAGAAUAUCAAAACAGAGAUCGACAUCGAGGAGCAGCAGUUGGCAGAGGAGCCGAUCGGCGUGGAUGACAGCCAGCAGGUGGCCGAAGCAAUGGUGCAGUUGAGUGGCGUGGGCGCCGGCUACUACGCUCAACAGCAGCAAGAUGAAUCCAUGGAUGUGGACCCGAACUACGAUCCCUCCGACUUCCUGGCCAUGCACAAGCCGCGGCAGAAUCUCGGGGAACCCACCAGCCUGCAGGGCGCUUUUUCCGAUUUCAUGUCCAACGUUCAGGAUGACAAUGGUGCCUACGGUUCCACCGAGGCCAGUACAAGUGCCGCUGCUGCAGCUGCCGCCUCUGCGGCUGGAAUGAGUCUAACUUCGCUCGAUGACGAUUCAGCGGCCAUGCAGAUGCCGGCGGAAAUGUCCACAGCUGGCAUGAACAACGGCUUGGGCAUAGACGACGACCUUGACAUCUCCGAGAGCGACGAGGAAGACGAUGGCACCCGGGUGCGCAUUAAGAAGGAAGUCUUCGAUGACGGCGACUACGCCGUGCAUCACCAGCAGCAAAUGGGGUUGGGUGGCCAGCCAUCGCAGUCGCAGGUGUAUCUGGUGGAUUCGCCCAACGAGACCCAAACUCUGGACUACCAGCAGCAGCCGCAGCUGGACUUCCAGCAGGCGCAGGGAAUGGAGCAAAUGCAGAUGCAGCAGCAGGUGAUGACACCGCUGCAACCGGAUCAGAUGCAGCAGCAGCCGCCGCAAACGCCACAGGGAGACAACGAUUAUGCUUGGACUUUCUAGAACCCAAGUUCAUUUUAUUUUGACUACGCAAGAGUGUGAGCUCCAUAAAAAUAAUGUAAUUUUGUAAUGCCUUUUUAAUAUUUAAGCUUAAUAUUUCAUUAAAACCCUCUACCUGGGACAGUUUACUUUUGAUUUGUAA